ACCUGGUAUAAAAUGAGAUAAAAGGGAAAGGUUUGCCUUUGUAUAAGCUCUCUCGCACAGGUUCCUCUUUUGGUUGGAUUAUAGAGAGAAAGCCAUUGAAAGAUGAGCGGUGUAGGGAAGAAGGUUGUCGAUGUGGCGUUCAAGGCGUCAAAGACGAUCGAUUGGGAUGGGAUGGCGAAGAUGAUCGUCACCGACGAGGCUCGCAAGGAGUUCUCCUCCCUCCGCCGUGCCUUUGAGGAAGUCAAUUCCACUCUUCAGACCAAAUUCAGUCAGGAACCAGAACCUAUUGAUUGGGAGUACUACAGAAAAGGACUUGGAUCUCGUAUAGUUGAUUCUUACAAAGAAUAUUAUGACAGUGUUGAAAUCCCCAAGUUUGUAGACAAGACCACUCCUGAGUACAAACCUAAAUUUGAUGCACUGUUGGUGGAAUUGAAAGAGGCUGAGCAGAAAUCCCUCAAGGAAUCUGAAAGAUUGGAAAAAGAAAUUGCAGAUGUCCAGGAUCUGAAGAAAAAACUUAGCACCAUGACAGCAGAUGAAUAUUUUGAGAAACACCCAGAGUUGAAGAAGAAAUUUGAUGAUGAAAUCAGAAAUGAUUAUUGGGGAUACUGAUUUGUUGGUGAGAAAGCCAUUUGAAUUGAUUCCUUUUUGUUUGAGAUUUUAAUUUGUAGAAAUAAAAACAAGAUGAACAAACAAACAAACAAACACAAGAUGUUGUCUAUUUAUCCACUCCAGAGGUAAUGUAACUUUCUGUUUUGAUAUGAUGAAGGGCAAGGUAUAAAAUGACCAAAUCCAUCAACAUGAAUUCCAAA